AACUUUGCCACUCAAAUACCCGACAUUGGGCUUCAAGAACCCAACUGCCAAAGAUCAUCUUUUUGACAAACAAGAAUCACCGACGAUAUACACCAUGGCAAUGUAUAUCCGAGUCAAGCGUAAUAGGACCACCUACUUUCUUCAAUGUGACCCAACCGAGACAAUUCUACAAAUAAAGGAGAAAUUGUAUAACCUCGUAGAUCAACCUGUUAAUGAUCAGCGAUUAAUCCUGAUGCCUGCUGGAGACGUGUUGGAAGACUCGAAGUCCCUAGCUGAUCAGAAGGUUGAAAAUGACGCUGUGGUGGCGCUUACUCUGAGAAAAGAUGACAAUGAAUUUGAGGAUGUAAAUAUUGUGAGAGCGACUGACUUUUACCAGUCCCGCGAUUCAGAAGGUGGUGCAAAUUGGUGACACAUUCUGGGAACAUCUAAUCCUCAACAAAGAUGUGUAUACUUUUUACACUCUGAUCAGGGCAAUUCAUUUACCAGCUUCUGGUUUGAUGAAAUACUGAGAUACUGUCGACUGUCGAGUUCCAUUUAGCACGAGAUUUUGUGAUAUUGUCCUUCUGUUUAAAAGUGGCAUGAUGGAUAAGAAUUUCCAAUCAAGAACUUCAUUUUUUUUCUUUUAGUAGGAUUAAACAUUUUCAUGGAUGGAUGAAAAUUGCUGGCCAAUGUGUACCUUUAUCU